ACGGCAAGUGUGAAAACUAAAAGGGAUGGAGAGAGAAGAGGGUAAGGGAAGAAUCUAAAAAGGAAGCAACAUUUCUAUUUCUCCUUCUUCAUCUGCAGUACAAGAAACUUCAAUCCACCCAGCCUUCUCCUCGUGACACACACACACACACACACAAAUCCCCCACUUCUUCUCUGUGCUAAGAGAAGAAGAAAGGUUCGCUGGAACGAUGACCGGCGGUGGGUCGACGGGGAGGUUGCCGACGUGGAAGGAGAGAGAGAACAACAAGAGAAGGGAGAGAAGACGCAGAGCGAUUGCUGCUAAGAUCUAUGCUGGCCUUCGAGCUCAGGGAAACUACAAGCUUCCCAAACACUGUGACAACAACGAGGUUUUGAAGGCUCUCUGUGCCGAAGCUGGUUGGAUCGUAGAAGAAGAUGGCACUACCUAUCGAAAGGGAUGCAAGAGACCCCAAACUGAAAUUGGAGGAACUCCACCUAACAUAAGUGCUUGUUCUUCCAUUCAACCUAGUCCACAAUCCUCGUCAUUUCCUAGUCCUGUACCAUCGUACCAUGCGAGCCCAACCUCGUCCUCUUUUCCCAGUCCUUCACGCAUUGAGGGAAACCCCUCUUCUUUUCUCAUCCCAUUCAUCCGCAACAUAACUUCCAUACCCGCAAAUCUUCCACCUCUAAGGAUAUCUAACAGUGCUCCAGUAACCCCACCGCUUUCUUCUCCCAGAAGUUCUAAGCGCAAAGCGGAUUUUGAAUCUCUCUCCAACGGUUCCCUCAACUCCUUCCGACACCCUCUUUUCGCAACCUCUGCUCCGUCGAGUCCAACGCGCCGUCACCACGUGGCCACGUGCACCAUUCCUGAAUGCGAUGAGUCUGAUGCUUCCACCGUGGACUCUGGUCGCUGGGUUAGUUUUCAGGUUCAAGGAAUGGCGGGUUCAGCUGCUGCUGCCGCUCCUCCUUCGCCUACCUUUAAUCUUAUGAAACCCGCGAUGCAGCAGAUCAUUCCUCAGGAGAUGAAUGAGGGUGUACAAUGGGGUUCGGGUGCAGAGAGAAGCAGAGGAGGGUCAGAUUUUGAGUUUGAGAACGGCAGAGUGAAGCCUUGGGAGGGUGAGAGAAUACAUGAAGUGGGAAUGGAUGAGUUGGAGCUUACUCUUGGGUGUGGAAAGGCUUGAAACAUUGCAAUCCCCUAACCAAUUGUGCCUUUUCCUUGGAUCUGUUACUUGGCUACGUCAGGCAAUUGGUUUUUAUGCUUUAUUUCUAUAUUUUACUUAUGUGUACAGUUCCUCUUAUAUAGCAGUGGUUAGUUGUUACAUUACAUGGAAUUUCACUUCAUUGUAAUGCUUUGUUGAUUGUUCAAAGGUUGCAUUUGAAGCAACUGUUUAGCAAGUGUUUUGAUUUGAGACUUUUAAUCUUAACUUACUAUGACCGGGGAAACGAGGUGAUAUUCUUAUCUUAUUCCUCUUAUUAUUUACACAUUGCUGAAU